GAUUAAAAAAUAAACCGAAAAAACAAAAUUCUCCGAAUUCUCAGUAGUGAACAGCAGAUUUCAGGCUGGAUUCAGUCAACGAUCUUGGAGCGGCGAAGAAGACGAAGCUCCGUUCCAAAACGACGUCGUUGGUGAGUUCGGUUUCCGGUGAUUGACCGCUUCUCUGUUUCGAUAAUAUGGCGUUGAUGGAUGAAAAGCGGGAAGGGAAUCUGGAUGCUGAUGACGAGGAGGUUGACAGCCCGGCAGAUCCGCUGCUCGGGAACCCAGAUGAGUACACGAUUACGGCGGUCGGUCCGUCGCCGGGAAGUGUCGCCGUUGGAUCGUCGGAUGGUUUCGCGUUGUUGAAGGAGGAGCCGGAGGAGGAGGACUUGAAGGCGGUGGUACCGGUGCAGUUGAAGACAUUGGCGAUCCCUCCGCCGAAGAGAUCCUCCAAGGACCGCCACACGAAGGUGGAGGGCCGCGGGAGAAGAGUUCGCAUGCCGGCGGCGUGUGCGGCGAGGAUUUUUCAGUUGACCCGGGAGUUGGGUCACAAGUCUGACGGAGAGACCAUCAGGUGGCUCCUCGAGCGAGCGGAGCCGGCCAUCAUCCAGGCCACUGGGACGGGGACGGUGCCGGCCAUCGCCGUCUCCGUGAACGGAGAACUGAAGAUUCCGACGACGUGCCCGGAGACGGAAAACGACGGGGCGUCCGCGAAGAGGAGAAGAAAGAUGGCCCCGAGAAGCGAGUUCUUCGUCGUGAACGAACCUUCCCAUUUCGCCCCUGUCUCUCCGAUUAUUCCUCAAGGCCUGGUUCCCGUGUGGACAGUCAGUUCCGGAAACGGCGUUAUGCCCGGCGCGGCGGUCCCGAGCGGCGCAUUCCUGAUGCUCCCACAGACGCCGUCACCCGCCGGACCUUUGAACCAGCCCCAGCUGUGGGCCAUACCGGCGACGGCGACCCCUGUCUACAGCGUCCCCGGCAGCACAGUUCCUAAUUUCGCCACCUCAAUGCAACCCGGAGUUAGUUUUCCUCGCGGUGGAAUUCAAAGACAACAGAGCCCUUCUGUAUCAAACUCCGGCGGAGAUGGCAAUUCCGGCAAGGAGGUAUCCACCAUGGCUCCAAUUUGCAGCUCUACCAGUCCCUCCAGCUCCUCAAACGCCGCCGCUACCACCACCACCACCACCAACCCCACCCAAAUGCUCAGAGACUUUUCUCUGCAGAUUUACGACAAGAAGGAGCUUCAAUUCAUGGAUUCUUCUGGGUCUCGGCUGAAUGAUCCCACCCAAAGAACACAUCAGAACCACCACCACCACCAAAUGGAGGACAUCGCCGUCAUUAGUAAAGGGUUUUAGCCUUUUUGCUUCUUUUUUCACUUUAUAAUUAUUAUUAUUAUUGAUCCUAAUCAGCCUUUAAUCCCUACUAAGAUGUGUUGAGUUUUUGCUAAUCAUCAUUCAUCUAAUCUAAUGGAAAGUGUAUUAAAAAGAUUUGGAUAGGGAUUUGGGAAUUAGCAAAUGAAGUUAUCCCUACCAU